AUGUGGUCCUCAAGUCCACCCAGUCUCAGCACAGACAUGCUGUUUUCCCUACAUUUAGAGCUUGUGUCUCAAGGUUGAACAGCUCAGUGAGGAGUUGGACCAGGUCGUUGAGAACUCAGAGCAGGCGGAUGAGCGAGACAAGGAGCCAGCCCAAGUCCAAGGUGCAGGGGUCUUGCCAGUGAAGCCUGGUGACAGCAGACACAGCUCUUCACCUUAGCCGUGGCUAGUCAGUGUGAGCGAGUGGACGGAGCCCUCUUGGCUCCGGCUCCUUGGGUGUGGACAGCGAAUCUGCCUCCAGCAGCAUCCGCUUCAGCAAGGCCUGCCUGAAGAACGUCUUCUCAGUUCUGCUCAUCUUCAUCUACCUGCUGCUCAUGGCUGUGGCUGUCUUCCUGGUCUACCAGACCAUCACAGACUUCCGAGAAAAGCUCAAGCACCCUGUGAUGUCUGUGUCUUACAAGGAGGUGGACCGCUACGAUGCUCCAGGGAUCGCCCUAUACCCUGGGCAGGCUCAGCUGCUCAGCUGUAAGCACCACUAUGAGGUCAUCCCACCUCUUGCCAGCCCUGGCCAGCCAGGAGACAGGAACUGCACCACCCAGAGGAUCAAUUACACCCAUCCCUUCUCCAAUCACACCAUGCAGUCCGCCCUGAUUGUCCAGGGGCCACAGGAAGUGAAGAAGCGGGAGCUGGUGUUUCUCCAGUUCAGCCUGAACCAGAGCAACGAGGACUUCAGUGCCAUUGACUACCUCCUCUUCUCCUCUUUCCACGAGUUCAUGCAAAGCCCAGACAAAGCGGGCUUCAUGCAGGCCUGUGAGAGUGCCUACUCCAGCUGGAAGUUCUCAGGAGGCUUCCGCACCUGGGUCAAGAUGUCGUUGGUGAAGACCAAAGAGGAGGACGGCCGAGAAGCUGUCGAGUUCCGGCAAGAGACCAGUGUGGUUAAUUACAUUGACCAGAGGCCGGCUGCCGAGAAGAGUACUCAGUUAUUCUUUGUGGUCUUUGAAUGGAAAGAUCCCUUCAUCCAGAAGGUCCAGGAUAUCAUCACGGCCAAUCCCUGGAACACCAUUGCACUCCUCUGCGGGGCUUUCCUUGCCUUAUUUAAAGCAGCAGAGUUUGCCAAACUAAGCGUGAAGUGGAUGAUCAAAAUCAGGAAACGAUACCUAAAAAGAAGAGGCCAGGCAACAAACCACAUAAGCUGAAGCCGCCAAGACACUCCAAACCGACGGAAGCCUUAUUCUCCCGCUGACAAACCGAGCCACCAGCAAUCCUGUACUCACUUGAAGGGACCUUGCAGGGAAGGACAGUCUUUCAAACUGGAUGGUCAAACCUGGCCCAGGAGGCUGUUCGAGCCCACAGGCAAACAUCCAAUGACUAGCCUGAAACUUAUUUAAGUACUUAAAUUAUUAACAGACAUUUUACAGAGCUGUCUAGUGCCUUGGAGGGGGUUUGUGGAAGGCAGCUUCUUCCUAUUUGUUCAUUAAAUAGUUAAGCUCCCUCUUUACCUUAGUUUUUUUUUUUUUUUUUAAAGUGGACAGAUAUGCCCUGUAUACAAAAUUCCUCAUGACUUUUACACAUCUACUAUUGUUACUUAACAACUUGUCAGAGUCUAGAUGAGACUUUUUUUUAAAUGUAGCCCUGGUGGAACUCAUUGUUUAGACCAGGCCUGCCUCUGCCUUCCCAUUGCUGAGAAUAAAAGCCAGUACCACAGUGCCUGGUCUUACAUGAGACUUUAAAGGCUACUAGAAACUAGUGAUGACAUUUGUGAUGGGCUGUGUUGACGGAGGUGUGAGCUCAGUAGUCACUGCUGGAAGCACUUGCACAGAUGUAUAUAGUAGGCGCCUACUUAGUGUACCUUGAUUUUAUUAACAGGUAAAUAAAGUUGGGCUAGUACAAAAGGAGUGAGUGUGAAUACCCAGUAAACCAACAGGUGUCAGUACUGGACGUGUUCACACUGUGACCACCAACCCAAACGGCACCACAGCGGCUCUGCCUCAAGGUGUGUAAUACUGGACGUGUUCACACUGUGACCACCAACCCAAACGGCACCACGGCGGCUCUGACCCGAGCUAUGUCACCACUGCUUCCAGGGAAGGUAAGCUGGACGUACCACACUAUGAAUAAGCUGCUUAGUAGGUCACUGUGUCCUAAAGAAACACCCAAAAUGGUGGCCUUUAAGGCUUUGACAAAUAGCACUUAUAUAAACCCAAGCCCUGUCUUUUCCAAAUUGUGUGUCCAGAGGGAAUAUGGUAACAUUCAAAGAAUUCACAAUUAGGCCUUGGGGAAUCUGAAGGGAACUGCUCACAUGUAUAAGUUAGGCAUUUCUGUCUCCAAAUUUAGCAGCAAGAAACUGUUUUGGCUGAAUCUCUAGAAAUAAACUUGUAUAAUGAAAUAUC